AGGACCAGGAAUCCACAGUUCGACACGAGAGCUCAGCGAGUGCGGACGGGCAAAGCGGAAAAAUAAAAAAAAUAUUAAAGGAAAGCGGUCGUAACGCCAAAUCAAGGUGUAGAUAACAAAAUCGCGAUUCAUAGAGCGUGCAACAACCACUUCGACCACCAAAACAGCAACAGCAACAAUAGCAACAUUUAGCUAAUCUGUGUGUUUAAGCCAAGUCAAUCAAGCGCGUCUUGUUGUGUCUGUGUGUGCCACGUGAGCGCAGGAAGCCUAAGGCUAAACACUGGCAUCUGUAAUCAGUGUGACAAGACAAGUGUGUGUCUAUUGAGGAAGGAAAGUGCAAAAGCAUUAAGAACAGAACAGAAUAGAGAUGCCUGAGAUUGUGGAGCUUAACGUUGGCGGUGUUCACUACACAACGACGCUGAAUACUCUGCUGCAGGACAAGUCGACGCUGCUGCACGAACUGUUUGCUGGCCCCGAGGGUCGCGACACCCUAGCCAAGGACAGCAAAGGCCGUUAUUUUCUGGACCGUGAUGGUGUCCUCUUCCGCUACAUACUCGACUUUCUGCGGGACAAAGCUCUCCAGCUGCCCGAGGGUUUCCGCGAGCGUCAGCGUCUUCAGCGCGAGGCCGAGCACUUUAAACUCACGGCGAUGCUCGACUGCAUACGCGGCGACAGAGACGCUCGACCGCCGGGCUGCAUCACGAUUGGUUAUCGCGGCAGCUUCCAGUUCGGCAAGGACGGCCUGGCCGAUGUCAAGUUCCGCAAGCUGUCGAGGAUUCUUGUGUGCGGUCGUGUGGCCCAGUGUCGCGAGGUCUUUGGCGAUACGCUGAACGAGUCCCGGGACCCGGAUCAUGGUGGUCCCGAUCGCUAUACGUCGCGCUUCUUCCUCAAGCAUUGCUUCAUCGAGCAGGCCUUUGACAAUCUGCACGAUCAUGGUUAUCGCAUGGCAGGCAGCUGUGGAUCUGGCACUGCGGGAUCCGCGGCCGAGCCAAAGCCGGGCGUGGACACGGAAGAGAAUCGCUGGAAUCAUUACAAUGAGUUUGUCUUUAUACGGGAUUAAGUUAAGUUCGCUUCCCCCACACCUGCUUCCCGAUCUGCUUAUGUUUGUGAUAACAACUGGAAAAACGUAAAUGAGAAACCAACACACUAAAAAAAUAUCAUAGAGAAAUAUGUAUACUCUUCCUAGCAUAUCGUCAAAUUCGAAGGGGAAGGGGAAAAGUAGCUAAAGAUAUUCUUCUUAAGUAAAUUUCAUUAUUCAAAUCGGAACUGAGUAAACAACAAAAGAAAACAUAAUCUCGCCGCUUGAUGAUUUAAGCCCACCUUUAUAAGUAUUCCAAAUGGGAACAUUUCAAAUGUACAAUUUAUGUAUCUAACAACAAUCCCAGUAAGAAAUAGAGCAGAUUUGUUUUAUUUACCUGUCAAUAACUCUCUCUCUUGAAACUCAAAUAAUCUAAUGCAAUUUAUUCGACUAUAAACUCUGGCUGAUUCAUUCACGCGAUGAAAAACGAAAACUUUGAAAUUCUAUUUGAAAAUGAUGAAAAUAGUAAAUCACAAUUUCAAGUAUAAACAAGAUUUAGCAAUACAUUUCUAAACAAUAUACAUAGAAGUAGGGCAGCUGUAAGCUAUCACAAUGAACUAUUUAAAAUACGGGUCACUUCUUGAGCAAAUAGAUUGAACAAACAAAUAAAAUAUUUACUAAUAAAGUCUCCGCCAGGUAAAAAGAAAAAUACGAGUAUACUUAUAUGAAGAAAUAUCUUGCUUUGUAGGAUACUUAAAAACGAAUUACUAACAAUGGAUAAAGGUAUUUGAAUAUCGUAAUUAUUACUAGCCAAUCCGAUUACAAAAUAGUUGUUAUUCAAAAAUCUCCCUCUCAUAGUACAACAAGAGCAAUAACAAUGCAAUGCAGAUAAAUAAAUAAAGAAAAAUAAUAAAAAACAAAAACAAAA